AUGGACGACAUGACCAAGUCUCAACCGCGGAUGGAAGAGGUGACACCGCCAAACGAGGAUGAACAGCGCGUGGGAGAAGAACUGCACCGUCGAAUCGAGGCAUUUCAACGUCGGCAAGAAGAUGCAGGACGCCGACCUGAGGAUGAGCAACGCCUUCGUGAGGAUGAGAAACGCCUAUGCGAGGAUAUUAAACGCCAUAUCGAAGAACUGAAGCGCCGAACCGAAAAUGACAUACGCCGACGUGAGGAUAAAAAACGCCAACGUGAGAAUGAAAAACGCCAACGUGAGAAUGAAAAACGCCGACGUGAAGCUGCCGAAGCACUUAUUGCGCCUCAGAACCUUCAACAAUAUCUCGAGUCGUGUCACUCACUUCAUCUUUCGAUGGAGGUGGUAACAGAUCAACCCUCAAUUGUGCAAGAAGAAACCAUGACUCCCAUGGGUCGAAUUUUCCCUCGACAGAUUAUCCCCUGGGACGGUUUUGCAUUGAGACAGGAAGAGAUCUGGAACGACCUUUCAGCCAGCAACCUAUUUUCUCAGCCUGGAUUUCCAUCCAAGUCGCAGUUGGAAUAUGUGGAGUCCAAUCUACAUCCUGCUAGAACUGACUAUGGACUGCAAACCUUGCAGUACGAUGUCGUUGAGACCGCGGUUCGGAUAUUGAUGAAACGAGCGCUCACAGACCCGUUGCUGCGAAGUAGUCUCCGACUACAUGGCGAAUUGAGUUUUGGGAACGAUACAAAUCCCGAAACGGCCAGUGACCAUGUAUAUUUUCAUGCGGAGCAGAUGCCGCUGGCAAGAGACAACACCGAUACCACCACGAAAGUCCUCCUGCCAGCAUCAAGGGCUUAUCGCAAAGCCAGGGGCAAAGGUAAUCGCGCAACUCAAUUCUGUAUGUACAAGACUUCAGACCGCCGGAAUGUGCUUGCCGUCUUAUACAUAGCUCCGCAUAAGCUAAGGUUUGAUGAGAUCACCACCGCUCUUGAGACGGAACUUCAGCCGGAACAUGACGUGGUUAACAACGACUGCCAGGGCUCUACCUGCGUGGCUAGACGGCUUGUCGCCGCCGCCGUCACACAGCUCUUCUCCUAUAUGGUCGGCAAAGGCAUACAGUUUGGCUACAUAUGCACAGGUCCGGCAUACAUCUUCCUCCACAUCCCGGACGAUCCUUCUACGGCCUACUUCUCUUUGUCCGUACCAAAUCAGGAUGUAAAGGGCGAUGAGAACAAACUCUAUCGCAGUGCUGUGGCUCAGGUUUUUGCUUUCCUCCUCCAAGCUCUCCGCGCUGAAGCACCGCCGUUGGCCUGGCAUGAUGCAGCCGAGACGCUUGGUACCUGGGCUUUCGAGUACGAGGAUGUUCUGAGACAUAUUGUCAAGUCGGGACGCAGUCGCGAGGAGCAACACACCUCUGCCUGUAAGGCUCAUCGCUCGAAAGGAUUCGAUAGAUCGCCCAUUCGGACCCGUUCCCGCUGCCGCCAACUAGAUCCCCCAAUAGAACAGCUGGAGGGUGAUGAUGGGAAGCGCCCUUACCUGGCACCAAGUCCACCGCGCUGUCAUGGCAAAGCAUCCCAGUCAGUGGACACGAGCUCGGAUAGUGGGAAGUUGGACCAAGGACAGCACAGAGUCUUUCAUCAGGAAUCCAACCCAACGCAAAAGCCAACUAUAAAAAGUCAGCCAUUUUGCACUCAGAGUUGUCUGCUCGGAUUAGCUUAUGGCGAAUCGAUGGACAAGACUUGCCCCAAUGCAAGCUACCAUGGACAAACACACCUUGACCGACUUGAGUUUCUGCGGCUCGUCCGACACCAGCUUGCCACUGACCGCGGAAUUGAUGCGUAUUGCGCGCCGCUCCAUAAAUCCGGCGCUCGCGGGUCACUCUUCAAAGUGCGACUGGCGUCUCACGGCUACACUCUCGUCGCCAAGGGAGUAGAAAGCGUAGACAUUGCCCACUUGCAACACGAAAACAAAGUGUACAGCAGACUCGAAGACAUCCAAGGGAAGUAUAUCCCAGUAUGCCUGGGCACUAUCGAUCUGGUAUUGCCAUACUAUUACGACAGUGGCGUUUACGUACAAUUUUUGUUCCUCGGCUGGGCUGGACAACCGCUCUAUAACUGUGUCGAACCAGCCUUGAAGGACGACUUCACCAAUGCUGUAGCUGCCGCGUUCAAGGCAAUUCACAAGUUGGGCGUUCUUCACACUGACGCGGAAGUUCGCAAUAUUCUGUUCAACACAACUAGCCGUGAACUCAUGGUUGUGGAUUUCGAGCGUGCCAAGUUCCACAGUCCGAAGGGGGGGCGAGGGGAAUUACAGAAAGGGAAGAUGGAUGACUUUGAGCGUGAAUUGUCUGACGCCAUAUAUAGGACAUCAGGCUUGUGGGCCUAG